AUGAAAUAUUGUUUCAAAGUGAAAGGGGUCCUACUUGUAUGCGUGUAUUUGCUUCAUACAAUUGUAGACUCAAAAAAUGUUUUCACUGAUCAAAGCCAAUUUGUGAGAAAAAAGUACCACCAGUUGAGAGGGGUGUGUUUGCAUUUCCUUCUUUCCACUACAUGUAACAAUGUCGCUAGUGAUAAAUAUGCUCUAAGGAGGGUAUGGUCGCCUGCCAAAUUGUGCAACCGUGCCAAGUGCAGCAAGAAGAGGCAGAUAACGCACGUCAGAUCUGGUAGAAAUAGUAACCAAUAUGAUGAUGAUGCAUUCCAAAGGGGAAACAUCGUGAGCAAUAAAAAAAUGAAGUUAAUAAUUCGUCAACUGAAUAGAACCAAGUGGUACGACUUCAAAUUUUUUUCCCCAGCAAAAGUUAAUUUAUUUUUAAGAUUAAAGGAAAAAAAGGAGACCCACAAUGAAUUAUCCACUCUGAUGCAUGCGAUAAAUUUAGGCGAUGAUAUUUUUGUAACUUCUUUGAGUAAGGAGGACCAAAGGAAGUUAACAGAGCUGCUAUUUCCAUGCGAGUCUGGUGAUUUCUUAACCAUAAAGAAGGAUGAAGAGUACGAGGUGAGGAACAAAAAUGAGGAGAUGAAUCCAGGAGGGAAAGACGAAGACACGAGGUAUUAUUACAACCAUUACCCCCUAAAUGACAAUAACAUAAUUGCAAAGGUGUUGAGACGAUACAGGGAAGAACUACAGAUACGGGACAAUGUCAAAUUUUUAAUUCAUGUGGUGAAACGCACUCCCAUUUUUAGUGGAAUAGGAGGAGGGUCGUCUAAUGGAGCUUCCGUUUUUUAUUUCUUGGAAAAAUAUUACUAUAAAUACUUAAAAUCGAAUCAGUUAAGGAACGAAUUUUUAAAAAAAAUAGGCAGCGACAUAUCCUUUUUUGGCAGCUCCGGUUUUGCCUACUGUACUGGCAAGGGCAAUCAUGUCAUCGAUUUAAGUGAUGCCCAGGCAAUGAUUUCGGGGCGCAGAAUAUAUAUUUUUCAAAUCAGCGAGGGACUCUCCUCUAGGAUGGUCUAUCAAAAUGUUGAUUAUGACCAGAUAGUGCAAUAUAACCCUGUGAGUUUGUUACAACAGUUCAUAGUUGACGCGGAGAGGUGUAAUAUCGUCAAGGACGUGGAAGAAGCGGAGCGCAGUUAUUUGAGGCGAUUCGUACCGCUGGACGGGACAUCUCUAAGGAAUAGUUUUAUAAACGACCUGGAAGACUCUGCGUUUGUUUUGCUUAAGAAGGUGAAAUAUUUGAAGGACCUUCUACUGAAUCAAAACAUUUUCGAUGCUGUAACGAUGAGUGGAAGCGGCUCAUCGUUAUUUGCACUGACAAAAAAGAAUAUGAGUUUAGAGGAGGAGAAGAUGCACAUGAAAAAUUUGAUAAAACAAGUUCGGGAAAAGUUGCAUGUACCUGUAAAGGUGUAUUUGUGUAGCACUUUAAGGAAGACUGAGCAUCUGUGGUAUAGGCCGACCCAACUCGCGGAGAGGGUAACCUAG